CAGCCCUGUUAUCGAUACACCCGCAAAUCGCUGGCAAAAAAAGAAGCAUCGCGUUUUUUUGGUGAAAAUUGUCGCAAAAGCGUUUCGAAAGUUGGCACGGUAAUUGGCACUCGCAGCGGAGAACUAUACCUGCCGGCAAGGAUUGCCAGACAACCGAGUCCCGUCCAGGAUCGCCGAGAAGUCCAGCUCAAAAGGUGUCCCCAUCAGCGUGUUUUUGUGUGCCGGUGGCCAAGGAACGCUCCACGGUAAUUCAAGAAGUUCGCAACGAAAACGAAUUCACGGCAAGAUGAGUCGCAGACGGGCCCAUGAUACGGAGGAUGAGGGCUAUGAUCACCGGCGCAACAAGCGUAGACGUGUGUCGGAGAACCAGGAGAUCGAGGAUCGUUUGGAGUCGCUGAUCCUGCGUGUGGGCGAGCGGAGCACCUCCUCCGUGGAGUCCAAUCUGGAGGGACUCGUUUCCGUUCUGGAGGCCGAUCUGGGCACCUUUCGCCUCAAGAUCCUGCGUAUCCUGUCCGAUUGUGCCGUGCGAAUGCCCGAAAAGUGCACCGUUUACACCACGCUGGUGGGCCUGCUCAAUGCCAAGAACUACAAGUUUGGCGGAGAGUUCGUGGAUCACAUGGUGAAGACCUUCAAGGAAUCCCUCAAGAUGUGCCGCUGGGAUGCCGCCCGCUAUUCGCUGCGCUUCCUGGCCGAUCUGGUCAACUGCCACGUCAUCUCGGCCACCAGUCUGCUCCAGCUGCUGGACACCAUGAUCGAUGUGUCCAACGAGGACACAGUGCCCCAGGUGCGGCGCGAUUGGUUCGUCUUUGCUGUGCUGUCCACAUUGCCCUGGGUGGGACGUGACCUGUAUGAGAAGAAGGAGUCUGCCCUGGAGUCGCUAUUACUGCGCAUCGAGGUCUAUCUGAACAAACGCUCGAAGAAGCAUCACAAUGCGCUGCGGGUGUGGUCCUCGGAUGCGCCACAUCCACAGGAGGAGUACUUGGACUGCCUGUGGGCCCAGAUACGCAAGUUGCGGCAGGACAACUGGGCGGAGAAGCAUAUACCACGACCCUACUUGGUCUUCGAUUCUAUACUUUGCGAGGCACUGCAGCACAAUCUGCCAGCGAUUGUACCGCCGCCGCAUCAUGAUAACUUUGAGUACCCCAUGCCCUGGGUGGUGUACCGCAUGUUCGACUACACCGACUGCCCCGAUGGGCCCAAUCUGCCGGGUGCCCAUUCGAUAGAGCGCUUCCUGAUUGAGGAGCAUCUGCAUCAUAUUAUUGAGACAUACCAUCACGAGCGCAAGGACUGCGCCGCCCAGCUGCUCAGCUUCCCGUUCAAGCAUAAGAUUCCGCUGGAGUACUGCAUCGUCGAGGUGAUCUUCGCCGAGCUCUUUCACAUGCCCACACCACGCUACCUGGACAUAUGCUACGGCUCCAUUCUGAUCGAACUGUGCAAACUGCAGCCGGCCACGCUGCCCCAGGUCCUGGCCCAGGCCACCGAGAUUCUGUUCAUGCGGAUCGACUCGAUGAACACGUCCUGCUUCGACCGGUUCGUCAAUUGGUUCUCCUACCAUCUGAGCAACUUUAAGUUCACGUGGUCCUGGGACGAGUGGGACAGCUGCCUGCUGCUCGACGGCGAGCACCCGCGGCCCAAGUUCAUCCAGGAGGUGCUGCAGAAAUGCCUGCGCCUUUCGUAUCACCAGCGCAUCACCGAGAUGAUGCCCACGACGUACGCCAAGCUGAUCCCCAUGACGCCCGUGCCCAAUUACAAGUACGCCAACGAGGAGGCAGCAAGUCUGCCGGGUACCACGGUGGCCCAUCAACUGGUGGUGGCCAUCCGGCAGAAAUGCACGCCCGAGGAGGUGGUCAACAUCCUGAAGGACAUCCCGAGCAGCGGCUACAGCGGUGAGGAGAUGUCCGACGGCAGCUUUAAUGCCCUGAAAAUCGAUGUAUUCGUCCAGACGCUGCUGAAUUUGGGCUCGAAGUCGUUCUCGCACAGCUUCGCGGCCAUUUCCAAGUUCCAUUCGGUAUUCCGCGCCCUGGCCGAAACGGAGGAGGCACAGAUCUGCAUCCUGCACAACAUCUACGAGCUGUGGUCCUCGCACCAGCAGAUGAUGGUUGUUUUGAUCGACAAGCUGCUCAAGCUGCAGAUCGUCGACUGCUCGGCGGUGGCCACGUGGAUAUUCUCCAAGGAGAUGACCGGCGAGUUCACCAAAAUGUAUCUCUGGGAGAUUCUCCACCUGACGAUCAAGAAGAUGAACAAGCAUGUGAUCAAGCUGAAUUCCGAAUUGAGCGAGGCCAAGGACAAGCUUGCGAAGGCGGACUCUUCGUCCAGCGAUUCGGAGGAUGAUGCUUCACACAAGAGGAAGAAGCCUAUCACACAUGCCGACAAACCCUCCGAGGAGGUGGUCGAGCGCAUGGAGGAGAAAUUGGAGGCGGCGAAUGUGAACCAGAAGCGUCUGUUCCUCAUCGUCUUCCAGCGAUUCAUCAUGAUCCUCUCCGAGCAUCUUCUGCGCUCCGAUACGGACGGCCGUGAUCCUGAUACGGAUUGGUACCGCUGGACCAUUGGGCGACUGCAACAGGUCUUCCUCAUGCAUCAUGAGCAAGUUCAGAAGUACAGCAGCACACUGGAAACGCUGCUUUUCACAUCCGACCUGGACACACACAUAUUGGAGGUGUUCCAACAGUUUGUGGCCCUGCGUGCCUAAAGGAGGAGCAGCUGGAAAAGCUGACCACCUAAGCCCCAUUUCCCCACCCAAUCGUUUUUUCAAACGCCUUUGAGUUGAGUUUUUUUGUAACCCUUUUAAAAUAUAUAUGUGAAGAAUUUGAGUUUGUAAAGUUCGCCUUGAUAAGACGAACUAAUCAGGUCAGUUUGCUCUAAGAAUAUGAUUUUGGUCAAGUAACUGGCCUAUCCACAUCCCCAUACACAGAAAUACUUUGUAUUAAAGAUACUUUUUUAUCAUUUGCAAACGACGAUACAAGUUAACAACAAGAAAGAAAAGAGAUAAAACAAAUAAAGUCGAAUAGGGUUGAUCUUUACCAUGGUAAGGAUCAAGAAGGACAUCAAAGUACAA